AUGGGCGACCGAACGAGCAAUCGCGAAGGCAAGGUUCGGCUCGAGCCGGGCUUUAGCCAGAUCCACUGGAUGAUGCUGACGCAGCGAUCGCGGGACCUCGCGGGCUUGAACGGGCAGCCGCCCCGGCGCAACAUCCCGCGCGAGGAGGUCGCGCUCCACAACACGGAGCACGACUGCUGGAGCAUCCUCGACGGCAAGGUGUACAACUUUACGCCGUACAUGAAGUACCAUCCCGGUGGGAUCCAGAAGCUCCUUCUCUGCGCGGGCGGCGACUGCACGACCAUGUUCAACGAGAGCCAUGCGUGGGUCAAUGGCCAUGGCAUGCUCGAGAAAUGCUACUUGGGCACAGUGGCCGAAGGGCCCGUGCCGGCCACGGCCACGUCCAACGUGGCGCUCAGCACGGUCGACUGGCGACCGUUCAAGCUCGUGGCCGUGCGCGAUGUCGCGGCCAUGACCAAGCUCGUCCAAUUCGAGCUGCCCAAAGGCAAGACACUGGGCCUCGUGAUGCCCGGGCAGCACUUGCGCAUGCGCGUCGUCAUCAACGGCAAGCCCUACGAGCGCGCGUACACGCCCGUGUCCCCGCUUGACCAGAAGCACACGGUGGACAUUUUGAUCAAGGUGUACCCGGAUGGCAUCGUGACGCGCCACCUCGCGACGCUUCCGAUUGGUGCGACCGUCGACUGCAUCGGGCCCCAAGGAGCGUUCGGCUACACGGGUGUUGGAAAAAUCACGCUAUCGUCCGUUGAGCAUCCGCACGUCAAGCACAUUGCGAUGAUCGCGGGCGGGAGUGGCAUCACGCCGAUGCUCCAGCUCAUCCGCGCCAUUAUGCAAGGUGCGACUACGGACUCGACGACGCUGUCGCUGCUCAACUGCAACAAGUCGGCCGAGUACGUCAUCGCCAAGAGCUCGCUCGGGCCUCUCCACAACAUGUUUCCCGGUCGCUUUCGCUGGUUCAAUGUGCUCAGUGAAGCGUCGGCAACAGGUCACGACGACGUCGAACCGUGCCUUGUCGGGCGACUGGACGCGCACCUCAUCGCGCAGCAUGUGCCAGCACCUAGCACGGACGGGCUCUUCAUCUUGCAUUGCGGUCCGCCCAAGUUUGACGAAGUCGUGCACGAUACCCUCCUCAGCAUGGGCUACAGCGCGGGCCAAAUCCACCAGUUUUAA